GAUUCUCGGAGGAGCCGGGCCCGGGAGCCGACGGGGCCGUCCUGGAGGUCCACGUCCCGCAGGUGCGUGCAGCAGCACCCGCCGGGAGGCGCCUGAGGGCAGGAGCGGUUCUCGGCUGACUUGGCUGGGGUCCUGAGGGACGGCGGGAUGCGGACGCUCAGCUGCGCAGCUUCCUGCUUUAGGUUGGCCCCCGGAGCGAAAACGUCGGAUAUGAGUCCCUUCGGUGCAUUAAAUGUCUCUCAAUUGGAGCUGGAGUGAGCCUUCCAGGAAUUUUGGCUGCCAAAUGUGGUGCAGAAGUAAUACUGUCAGACAGCUCAGAACUGCCUCACUGUCUGGAAGUCUGUCGGCAAAGCUGCCAAAUGAAUAACCUGCCACAGCUGCAGGUGGUAGGACUAACUUGGGGUCAUGUAUCUUGGGAUCUUCUGGCUCUACCACCACAAGAUAUUAUCCUUGCAUCUGAUGUGUUCUUUGAACCAGAAGAUUUUGAAGACAUUUUAACUACAAUAUAUUUUUUGAUGCACAAGAACCCCAAGGUCCAAUUGUGGUCUACUUAUCAAGUUAGAAGUGCUGACUGGUCACUUGAAGCUUUACUCUACAAAUGGGAUAUGAAAUGUGUCCAUAUUCCUCUGGAAUCUUUUGAUGCAGACAAAGAAGAUAUAGCAGAAUCUGCCCUUCCAGGAAGACAUACAGUUGAAAUGCUGGUCAUUUCCUUUGCAAAGGACAGUCUCUGAAUUACACCUACAACUUGUUCUGGGACAAUAUCAAUACUGAUGAGCAACCUGGCACACAAACUAUGAGCAGACCCCUUCAGCUUGAGAAUGCAGUGGGUCUGAAGAUGGUCAAGUCUGUUUGCAUCAGAUUUUGAUGUCACCUUGACAACACUUACAUUAACUCAUAUGAAACAAAAAUUAAAAUACAUAUUACAAGUA